AUGGUGGAGAAGGGAGAAGUGAGACGAAUGGGCAUCCAAGCUGGGGCUUCCACGUUGAUGUCUGGAGGCACUGCGCCCAUGGGGGUCCUGGCCCAGCCCCAGCCCUGGUGGAAGGUCCAGCUGUUCGUAUGGGAGCCAGUGCUGUUCGGGACCUGGGAUGGCGUGUUCACGUCCUGCAUGAUCAACAUUUUUGGGGUCGUCCUUUUCUUGAGGACCGGCUGGCUGGUGGGAAACACGGGAGUGCUCAUGGGCAUGUUUCUGGUGUCCUUCGUCAUCCUGGUGGCCCUCGUCACCGUGCUGUCUGGCAUCGGAGUUGGGGUGCACUGUGGCGUUGGCAGCGGUGGCGUCUACUCCAUGAUCUCCUCGGUCCUGGGCGGGCAGACCGGAGGCACCAUCGGGCUACUCUAUGUGUUUGGACAGUGUGUUGCAGGUGCCAUGUACAUCACCGGCUUCGCUGAAUCCAUCUCAGAUUUGCUGAGCCUCAGGAACAUCUGGGCCGUGCGAGGCAUUUCAGUUGCGGUGCUUCUGGCCUUGCUGGGCAUUAACCUAGCAGGUGUCAAAUGGAUCAUCCGCCUGCAGCUGCUGCUGCUGCUGCUGCUGGCCGUGUCCACCCUGGACUUCGUGGUGGGCUCUUUCACACACCUGGACCCAGAACAUGGCUUCAUUGGAUAUUCACCGGAACUGCUGCAGAACAACACGCUGCCUGAUUACAGCCCCGGGGAGUCUUUUUUCACUGUCUUUGGGGUGUUCUUCCCAGCAGCAACAGGAGUCAUGGCCGGCUUCAACAUGGGGGGUGAUCUCAGGGAGCCCGCUGCCAGCAUCCCCCUGGGCUCCCUCGCAGCUGUUGGCAUCUCGUGGUUUCUGUACAUCGUCUUUGUCUUCCUGCUUGGUGCCAUCUGCACCCGUGAGGCCCUCCGCUAUGACUUCCUGAUAGCGGAAAAGGUGUCCCUGGUGGGCUUCCUGUUCCUUUUGGGUUUAUACAUCUCAUCUCUGGCCUCCUGUAUGGGGGGCCUCUACGGAGCCCCCCGGAUCCUGCAGUGCAUUGCCCGAGAGAAAGUGAUUCCCGCAUUGGCCUGUCUGGGGCAAGAGAAAGGGCCAAAUAAAACCCCCGUAGCUGCCAUCUGCCUGACCAGCUUGGUGACCAUGGCCUUUGUCCUUGUGGGUCAGGUGAAUGUUCUGGCUCCCAUAGUCACCAUUAACUUCAUGCUGACAUACACCGCGGUGGAUUACUCUUACUUCUCCCUGUCCAUGGUUCCCGGCAGCCACCCCCAGGCGCCUGAGCCAGUGCACAGGCAGGACAUGGAAGCUCUCCUCUGCUCUGAGCACCUGCUGUUGGAAAAGGCUCCCGGGUAUGGCUCCGAGGGCACUGCCCGAAGCCUCUCUGAGGGCACUCUGCUAGAAUUCACCAAAGACAUGGAUCAGCUCCUGCAGCUAUCCAGGAAGCUUGAGAGCAGCCAGACCAGGCCAGGAGAGAGCAACAGGAUCCCAGAGCAUCUGAGGGGGAAAUGCAAGAAGGCCACCAAGCAAACCCUGCAAGAUAGCUUCCUCUUGGACCUCAAGUCGCCAACUUCCUUCCCCGCAGAAGGCCCUGACAGCUUGCCCACUGCCGUCUGGGCGGGGCAGGAGUCCUACUGGAACAAGCAGGGUGCCAGGAGGGAAAGGGCUCAGCCUGCGGGAGCGCGUGGAGAACAACUUGUCCCUGAGCUGAGUAACCAGCCAAGGCCAAGUGGAGAAGAUUUCUUCCUAAAGUCUAGGCUCCAGGAACAAGAUAUCCAGAGCAGAACUACUUCUUUCUACACUCGCAUAUGCAACCCCUGGGUCUCCCUGUUGGGGGCCAUUGGGUCUCUUGUCAUCAUGUUUGUGAUCCAGUGGGUCUAUGCUUUGAUCAACAUGUGUGUUGCUGCCAUUGUGUAUUUCUACAUUGGUCGGGCCAGUCCCGGGCUUCACCUGGGAUCAGCCUCCAACUUCAGCUUUUUCAGAUGGAUGCGGUCUCUUCUGAUCCCCUCCUGCAGCCUCUCCAUUCCAUUAUUUCACUUGAUAAAAAAGCAAAGAAAUGCUAUCGAGUCCGAGCAUGACACUGAGCUUUCCGAUCCCCCACAAAGAGCAGAUCAUUUUUGGCGCCCGUCCUUGGCGGAGGGGUUGACAUGGAAGAUGACUCAGCUCACCCAAGAGAACGCAGACUUCGCCACUCGGGACCGCUACCACCACUCCUCCCGGGUGAGCCGAGAACAGCUGAUGCCUCAGUACUAG